GCGUGUGUAUGCGUGUCUCCAGCUAGGCCAGAGCGUGAUGGCGGCGCCCGUCCUCAGAGUGUCCACCCCUCGCUGGGAGAGAAUAGCCCGGCUGCUCGUCUGCCUGCUGGGGAUAGUACUAUCCCUGUACGCCUUUCACGUGGAGCGGGAGACGGGCCGGGACCCGAGCUACAGAGCCAUGUGCGACCUGAGCAGCUCCAUCAGCUGCUCCAAAGUCUUCAGCUCAAGGUGGGGUCAAGGAUUUGGACUCUUGGGCUCAAUUUUUGGAAAUGACAGUGCACUGAACCAACCCAACAGCAUCUAUGGGAUUGUCUUUUAUGCCUUUCAGCUCCUACUAGGAAUGACUGUGAGCGCAAUGGCCGCCCUCUUUCUCAUGACGACAUCCAUCUUGUCGGUGAUGGGCUCGCUCUACCUGAGCUACAUCCUCUACUUUGUCCUAAAGGACUUGUGCAUCAUCUGUGUCACCACAUAUGCGCUGAACUUCAUUCUCUUUGUUCUCAACUACAAGCGACUGGUUUACUUGAACGAGGCCUGGAAGCAGCAGCUCCAGGACAAGCAGGACUAAGCUGUGGAGAACUGUGGAAAAAGAAAAUACAACAACAAAAAAGAAAUGUGACCUCUGAACAUUUGACUUGCCACCAGAAGACCUUGCUUCCAAACAAUGUUUAUUCUGCUGUGUGUUCAAAAAGAAAAAAGAAAAAAAAAUGAAGAAAUUUAACUUAAAUGUUGGGCCUGGCAUCUCAAUGUUGAUUGCAAACACUGAAGGAUUUGUAAGUGAAAGAAGAUAUUUUUCUCCCUUAAUUUCUUUCUCCUCGUUUAACAUACUUAAGGGGCUGGUUGUGUCUGUGUGAGUGUGUGUGCGUGAGUGUCUGUGUGUGUGUGUUUAUUAUUUUUCUGUGUGUGCGUUACCAUGUUGGACGUAAGCUGAGGCCGAAGCCCACAAGGCACACUGAUGGAGGACAGCUCUGAACAAAAAGGACUGCAGCAUGGAAGAAGAAACAGGACAUUUUUCAAAUGAUUAGAAAGCUCGUAUUACUGCACAGCACAUCUGCACUAAAGCUCCGAGCUAAAUAACUAGUCCCAAAAGUUUGAAAAAAAAAAACCCAACAAAAAAACACUUAUUUGGUUAUCAUACAGUUUGCAAACAAGGAUCUAUGGCAGGGCGAGAAGAGGACAAUGAAUAAUUACCAUUUGUAACGGACUAGUUUUUUUUUUUUUUUUUUCCCCAUGUUUACACUUUAUAAUACAUUUCAUUUUGAUGAGGACCACUAAAAAUAAACAUGGGACUUUGUGAGCUAUGUGUAGAUCAGUCAGACUGUUUGUUUUGCAAUUCUGUAUAUAGCUGCUGAGCAAUAUCCCAGGCUAGAUUGUGAUAUAGUGUUGACACGAAAAAUGAAAACUAAAGAAAAAAACCGGAAGAUUUAAAAGAAAAAUAACAAACUCAACAGGAGGAAACAAGCAUACAUCUGGAAUAAAAAGGCAAGCAUGGUCACAGUUGGGUGGAUAAGUCGGAAGAUGAGCGCGGAGCGUCUUCUUUCCAAUGGUCCUGGUCAGACUUGCAGUUCAGACUCUUGUGAAUUUUUUUGGGAAGUGGUUGAUUCAUCUGAACCAUUUUUUUUUUUUUUUUUUUAAAGAACUGCACUUUCUUUUCACCAACUUUGCUCAUAGCCAUCCUCACUUUUUUGUGUGUGAAAAGUAUUCCUGACCACUACUCAAAGGGGAUCCAUUAAGACUUAUGUGCCUAAAGGAGUAUUAAGGUGAUUUUUUUUUUUUUUUCUGUUUUUUUUUUUUUUGUGGGUGGGGAGGGUGAUGACACUAUUUUUUUGUCAUUGUUACAGGUCCACGGCUUUAUUUUUAUUACCAUAAUUUUGUAAAUGAAGAUACCAGUGAAGUGUUUCCCCCUCCCUGAUAGUCUCACGAGGUAGCGAAAGGCUGCUACACUGUGACUGUGCUUAAAGGUAGAGCGGUCCUGUGGCAGCGGAGCCCAGCGACUUGCUCCUGUGCUAAUGUUUGUCUGGCGUUUCCAUACAUUUGAUGUCAAUUGAACUAUAGAAGUGAACUUGUCGAGCUGAGUUCCACUGCGUUUGCAGGACUCGAACAAAACCUUUAACAAAAUGAUGCUUUUUUUGGGGUCUGAUUGGUACAAGCAGUUUGGAGUAUGGAGUAAGGUCCUCUAACAAAACUAAACCAUGUGUUAAGCCAUAUGUGGGAUUGUUGCUCUGGUAUUUAAGAUAUCCAAGUUGAUCUAACGUAGCGAGUUUUAAGUGUGGAUAGACCACCUGUAUGGAGAAAGCAAAAGCAGCUUGUGGACAAGUGACACAUGGUCCAUUUUCUCCUCUCCAUCCAGACCCCUGUCAUUAAAACGCACCCUGUCUGUCAUCUGCAUGGCAUGCUAUCUCUUGGCUUCAAGCAUAUGAUGGCAAUUUGACAAUCUUACACUUUCAAGAGUCUUAGUAAUAAAUGUAACGGUGUCAUUCAUCUGUGGCAAACCAGCUUGUCUGUAGUCUCCACUCGCUUUUACAUUUAAGAAGAAUUCAGGUCCUUCUAGAUGGUUAUUGUAAAGGCUCAGGAGUGUCAUAAUACUGUUGAAGGUAACUGUUGAGGCAGUCAUUUUUAGCAAUGUGCUUCUGCUAAUAAAUGAUGAAAAUGUCAGUCUAGAAGAUGAGAUGACACCUUUUUGGGAUUGUUCGUUCUUGCAUGUUGUGAUCCCUUUACUACUACUACAGUUCGUCAUUGACCGUUUUCCAAGGUAUCUUGUUUUACUCUUCAGUUUUCUUCUUGUAGUCCAGUCACCCAUUCUUUCUGUGUUGGGAAAUGGUCUCCUCAUCCUUCACCCUCAAGACCUAAUAUACUGUUAAGCGUGUUAAUAGAGCUGUCCUCUGCAUUAAGGUGAAUAAUGUGAGCCAAAUGACUAAAUAUAGACUUGAGUUUCUCUCCCACGAUGCAACUUAGCUCAGUUAGUUUAAUGCUCAUGAACAAGUAUGUUACGGUGGUGAAUUGAAUUAGUUUCCCAGUAAAUACGUCUUUGCAACUGAACUUGUUUGCCAUGCAGAAAAUAAUGAGAAUCAACGGUUGUGUGGGAGAGGACGAGCUUUUAGUUUCCAGUUUUGUGCACAUCAUUGGCUGCAAUAUGGCAAAGCAUUGUUAAACUCUUGUCCUCUGUAGACAAGAGGCACCUGUGACUGUGAACGUGACAGUUCUGAUGUGUAGUGUUGCCUUGUCAAGCUGUUCUUUCCAUCUCUAUUCAGAAUGAGUUUACCAACCACACUGUCUGGUUUCCUUUCGUAAGACAAGUCUUCUAUGGAUUCACUUGCACAGUCAAAGUGUGUUGUUUUUUUUUUGUGUUUUUUUUUUUUCCCUUUAGCAAAGUCAAAACGGACACAACUUACAAGUUUUUAUGGGUCCAGAGAGUUUUGGCAUAGAACUGACACGUCUAGGGUUGGACGGCUGCUCGUGAUCCUGGUCAUACACAAGUUAAUUACACUAAGUUUGUGAGCUCGAGGAAUGUUAAAUAGGUACAAGCAGGAUUGCUGCGUUGGUGCAUCUGGUGUCAAAGAAAGUAUAAUUCAUUCUAACAACAUUCUCAUCAACAUUCAUUUAGGCCCUGAGGUAUAACUGCCAUGUUAGUUGCAUCACUAAUGCCAACAAAAGUGCCUUCUGUUUGAUCACUAGGCCUUGAGCCAAAGAAGAGCAACAGUAAUAGCCUUGUAAAACGAAGAAUGGUAACUGCAAAAAGGCACUUCUGCUUGCCUUCUUGAGGACAGAAAUUGUGUAAAUUGGUAAUUCCCAAAGAUUUAAUAUCCAAAAGCGGUGAAAAGGUCCAUGCAGAAAUUGCCAGAUAAAAUACCUAAUCAAACCACUGGCUGCUCCCUUUUUUCAUUCCCAAACUCCACUAUAUAAUUUUCUAUAUUUUGUGUAGCUAGACUCGUUUGUUAGCUAAGAACACACUGUUGAAAUAAGAUUGUAAUUUUUUUCUUCCCCCCAUCAUUAAUCAUGCUCAUUAGCUGUUUAGACUGUUAACAUUCUGGGUUAUUUUAGUGAAAAAACGUUGAGGGGUUUGAGGGCUAGGAAUCCAUGUGUUGGCAAAAAAAAACAAUUAAAAUUCUUUUCGGAGGAAAACUCACUGGGUUUGCUUCUGUAUUGCCAAAUGUGUUUUAAAAUGCUGUAUUUUCUUACAUGGAAAAGUGUUACAUGAACAGUAGGAAGGUGUGUAAGAGAAUUCUGUUGAGAUCCAGCUAACGUGAAGGGAAAACUGUGGAAAAGGUUGACAUGAGCAAAUUUUUAACUGUGUCCUUGUCAUGUGGAAAUGAUCUACCAUUAAAACAUUCCCUCUGAAA